AGCGACAGCGCAAUCAGUCAGUCUGUCACUUCAUUACACUCAUUACCGUACUCCCGUGUCUUUUACCAAUGUCGGAGAUUUUCUAAUUUAUUCGGUCCCGAAUAACACCAAAGUGCAGUGAAUUCAAUCGCUUCCGACUAGUCCCGUGAGUGUGCACGUUCCGCGAGUUCGUGUGUAGACUGAAACUUGGUCCGCAGAGCAGCAGCAACUAGUGCUAGUGAAGAUGUUCGAAGAUGCCGAUCACUUCGCCGAUAUAUUUCGCGGUGGACUGCCCUACUAUCUGCUAAUCACAUUACCGAUUUUGAUAAUCUGCUCGUCCAACCCGGUCCUGGCCGCCAGCGAGUUUGGCGUCCAGCGAAUGUCCCAGUUCGAUGUUCACGGAACGCCCUACGGUUGCCGUGCUUCCACCUUGAAUCUGGAGGCCAAAUCAUUGUACACCUGGCAAACUUCCCGACACUGCGUUGUCACCCGCUUCCAGGACAUGACCAUCGACCAGUUCCGGGAAAUCCGUGCCAAAGCUGGCGGAUUGGUUAUUCUUCUGCCGGAGGAUUUUGCCUCCCUUAGCCUGGAAGAGAAACAGCACAUCCACAUGCUCGAACAAGCCAUGAUGCUGCAGGAGAUCUCCAUUCCGGUGUACUUCUCGCGGUACAAUCCCAAAAUGAACGAGAUAAUCAACGACGUUACCAAAACGACCAGUGCAAAUCAGAAAAAGUCUUCCCAAGAGCGCGAAUCGGCCAUCAGUGAAAUCAUGGGAUCAAUCUCGGCCAACGGUUACCAGAUUGUCGUAUCCGGCACUGGUCACACCGCGAUCAAGCAAUCCAAAAUACCAAUCAUACAGGGUGAACUCACCCCAACGAAACAUGCCAUCAAAACCAGCGAUGGCGAAAGUAAACUACCUCUAAUCAUCCUUACGGCCCAUCUGGACACUUUCGGUUUGAUAAACGGUCCCCUAAAGAAUGUCGAUGUGGCCGUGUUGCUCACACUGGUCGAGUUGUUCAGCAAGCUACAUGCCAGCAUCCCGAAAUAUCGGUUGAUGUUCCUGGUGUCCGAGUCGGGCAGUCUGUUGAACUUCCAGGGCAUGAAGAAAUGGCUCGACUCCAAUCUGGACGAAAACGUACAGAUUCAGCAGGCGGAAUUCGUCAUUUGCUUGGACUCCAUCAGCAAAGCCUUGGCCAAUGAUAACAUUUUCAUGCAUGUUUCGAAACCACCCAAAGAGGGCACACCAAUGAACAGUUUCUACAAAACGCUGAAGGCUGUUGCACAGCGGUAUGGAAACAUAACUGUUGAAGGGGUACACAAAAAAAUCAACCUGGCGGAUACGUUGCUUGCUUGGGAACAUGAGCGUUUCAGUAUGAAGCGAAUGCCAGCGUUUACCGUUUCCAAUUUGAAGUCCCACAAAGAUUACCUCCGCAACACUAUCUUCGACGAUGAAGACGAAGAGGAGCAGCUCCAGAAGUUGGAAACCAAUGUGAAAAUCCUAGCCGAAACCCUGGCGAGCUACAUCUACAAUUUGCCCCUGGACAAUUCCGCCGGCAGCGGUGAAAUAUUCACCGGUUCCAUGGCCAUCACCAAAGACAGCAUCCGACCGUGGUUGCAAGUGCGCUCGAGUCAGCAGAACAAUGAUCUCAAAAAUGCCUUCGAAAAGUACCUUAAAAAUGUGAAAGUCAGCUUCGAUAAGCCGGACGCUCGCGAACCGGAUUUCAUGCUGUAUGACGAACGCGACGGCCUGCUCAACAUCUACAACGUGAAACCAGCCGUGUUCGAUCUGUUCUUGACGUUCAUGAUUGUGGCGUACCUGGGAGUGAUUUAUCUGGCCAUUUUCCACUUUCCCAAGCUGUACACAUUUGUUUGUCACCUGACCGUGAACAAAGUCAAGGUGAACUAACUAGAAAGCGAUUACAUUAUCUCUCAUCUUAUUUAAUUCGAAAUUUGCCGUUUGCUGCAGUUGGACAUUUUAAAUUUGAGUUUUAGAAUAGAUCGAAAAAACAUAAAAUGAUCACUCAUAAGUGUUAGUAUCGAGAUGUACUCGUUGACAACGACAGCUACUAUACAGUUCAUCAUCUUUUAAGAUCAUAAGUCUAUUUAGUUAUAAGCAGCGAAUUUAAUUUCGCACGCUGUUAUUUAACGUAAUUUAAUUAAAGAAAACAUCAUUAUUGCUAGUCUGUGCAUUUCGGAGUUUGGGUUUUUUGACGUUGCAUAACGUCUUUUUUGUGUUGAACCCAGUUUUGUUUCUACCAUAAGUACUAAAAUAGGGAAACUGGCGGACGGUAAAAGGGCAAUGGAAAGAUAAUGGUUAGUAGAAAUUUAGAGAGAGGCUUAUCUGUCCUACUGUUAACUCGGUCUAGAAUGGAACAAACUAUAGUAGGUAACAACACACAGUAAAUCGUUUUGCGAGUGAAA